AUGACACCUAGUUUGGCCUGCUCCUUCCGAGUUCUACAACUGCGGGUUAAACAGCUUACCUCCAGUUUAGGAGACGCUAAAACUUUACAAGUGAGCCCAGACGGCCCUCCACAGAGUACAAAUGCAACAUCCAGUUCCACCCUCGCCUCGUCAGAGCACUGGGCCCGGGUUUCCGACGGCAAGCCGGGGCCCCAGCGAGGCACGCAUCCCGGCCGAGGCACCGAGCCGAGCGCCAGGUGCAGGCGCCGCCCCGCCCUCCGCGGACUCGGGCCGGGAGACGCCGAGCAGGAGAAGCACCGCCGAGGCGGCGGCCCGAACCCCGGCCAACCGUGCUCCGGGGGCCCCGGUCCUGCCCGCUCUCGCCCCUCCGCCCCUCCCCCGCAGGAUGCGCCACGACGACCCGGGCGCGCCCCGGGGCCCGCCCCCAGCCGGCGGGGGCCGCGUGAGCGGAGGAUGAAGGUGAAGGCUGAAGACAAGAUUGAAAUUACCGCUGCUCAGUCAAGAGCUGGAUAGAGUCUGGACCAGAGACAGAGAGAAAUUCAGAGAAAAAGUGAGGAGGUUUCAUGGAGACAGAGCCUUGCUCUGUUUCUCUGAAGAAGAAGAAGGAAGAACAAAAGGAGGAGAGAAAGGGCAUAUGGUAGAGAUUCCUAAUGCUACAGGAUUCUCC